AUGGCGAGCGAUACCAAAUACCUCCGUGAGGAGGCUAUUGAUGACUCGGACGUCGUCGAUGAUAACCCUCACGCCGAUUCCGUCCAUCACCGUCUACGGGCCAAUUCUACCAUCAUGCACUUUGACAAGAUCUUGGUGGCUAACCGAGGCGAAAUCCCUAUUCGUAUUUUCCGUACCGCACACGAACUUUCUCUCCAGACUGUCGCUGUCUACUCGUGGGAGGACCGUCUGUCAAUGCACCGUCAGAAGGCUGACGAGGCCUACAUCAUCGGUAAGCGAGGUCAGUACACCCCCGUGGGUGCCUACCUAGCUGGCGACGAGAUUAUCAAGAUUGCUCUUGAGCACGGUGUUCAGUUGAUCCACCCUGGUUACGGUUUCCUGUCCGAGAACGCCGAGUUCGCGCGCAAUGUUGAGAAAGCUGGUCUCGUCUUCGUUGGGCCUACCCCCGAUACCAUUGAUGCUCUCGGUGACAAGGUCUCUGCUCGUAAACUUGCCGUCAAGUGCAACGUUCCCGUUGUCCCCGGUACCGAAGGCCCCGUCGAGAAGUUCGAAGAUGCCAAAGCCUUUACUGAUCAAUACGGCUUCCCCAUCAUUAUUAAGGCUGCCUUUGGAGGCGGUGGUCGUGGUAUGCGUGUCGUUCGUGAGCAGGAAUCACUGAAGGAUGCAUUUGAACGUGCCACGUCCGAGGCCCGCUCUGCCUUCGGUAACGGUACCGUCUUCAUUGAGCGUUUCCUCGACAAGCCUAAGCAUAUUGAAGUGCAGUUGCUUGGAGACAACCUAGGAAACGUCGUUCACUUGUAUGAGCGUGACUGCUCUGUUCAACGUCGUCACCAAAAGGUCGUCGAGUUGGCACCUGCCAAAGAUUUGCCUGUUGAUGUGCGCGAUAAGAUUCUCAGUGAUGCUGUCAAGCUCGCCCAGUCUGUGAACUAUCGCAAUGCCGGCACAGCUGAGUUCUUGGUUGACCAACAGAACCGUUACUACUUCAUUGAAAUCAACCCUCGUAUCCAAGUCGAACACACCAUCACAGAGGAAAUUACCGGUAUCGAUAUCGUCGCUGCUCAAAUCCAGAUUGCCGCCGGCGCCACACUUGAACAGCUUGGUCUGACUCAGGACCGCAUUUCUCCUCGCGGGUUCGCCAUUCAAUGCCGUAUCACCACUGAAGACCCCGCCAAGGGUUUCUCUCCCGACACGGGCAAGAUCGAGGUUUACCGGUCGGCCGGUGGUAAUGGUGUCCGUCUUGACGGCGGUAACGGUUUCGCUGGAGCCCUUAUCACACCCCACUAUGACUCCAUGUUGGUCAAGUGUACUUGCUUGGGAUCGACUUAUGAGAUUGCUCGUCGUAAGAUGAUUCGAGCUCUCAUUGAGUUCCGUAUUCGCGGUGUCAAGACCAACAUUCCUUUCUUGACCUCGCUUCUUUCCCACCCUACCUUUAUCGAUGGCAAUUGCUGGACAACGUUCAUCGAUGAUACCCCUGAACUUUUCUCUCUUAUUGGUGGACAGAACCGUGCCCAGAAGUUGUUGGCAUACCUCGGUGAUGUUGCUGUUAACGGAAGCAGCAUCAAGGGACAGAUUGGCGAGCCCAAGCUCAAGGGCGACAUCAUUAAGCCGGUCUUGCUUGACGAAGCCGGCAAGCCUCUUGAUAUUUCCAAGCCCGCCAGUCAGGGGUGGAAGCAGAUCUUGGAUUCACAGGGUCCAGAGGCUUUUGCCAAGGCUAUCCGCGCCAACCAGGGCUGUCUCAUUAUGGACACUACUUGGCGAGAUGCUCACCAGUCAUUGCUUGCCACUCGAGUGCGUACUAUUGAUUUCUUGAACAUUGCUCGCGAGACCAGCUACGCCCUCAGUAAUGCCUAUAGUUUGGAGUGCUGGGGUGGCGCAACUUUCGACGUCGCCAUGCGCUUCCUUUACGAAGACCCCUGGGACCGUCUGCGCAAAUUGCGCAAGGCUGUUCCUAACAUUCCUUUCCAGAUGCUCUUGCGUGGCGCCAACGGUGUCGCCUAUUCUUCCCUCCCUGAUAAUGCCAUCUAUCACUUCUGUAAACAGGCCAAGAGGAACGGUGUCGACAUUUUCCGUGUCUUUGAUGCUCUGAAUGACAUUGACCAACUCGAGGUUGGCAUCAAGGCCGUCCAGGCUGCUGGUGGUGUUGUUGAGGCCACUGUCUGUUACUCUGGAGAUAUGCUCAACCCCCACAAGAAAUACAACCUCGAGUACUACCUUAGCUUGGUCGACAAGAUUGUGGCUUUGGGAACUCAUGUCUUGGGUAUCAAGGAUAUGGCCGGUGUUCUCAAGCCUCAGGCUGCUACCCUUCUCAUUGGUUCCAUCCGCAAGAAAUACCCCGAUCUUCCCAUCCAUGUCCACACCCACGACUCUGCAGGAACUGGUGUCGCAUCUAUGGUUGCCUGCGCCCAGGCUGGUGCUGACGCCGUUGACGCAGCUACUGACAGCAUGUCUGGCAUGACUUCUCAGCCCAGCAUUGGUGCUCUUUUGGCCUCGUUGGAAGGAACUGAAUGGGACCCUAAGCUCAACAUCCGCCAUGUCCGCGCACUCGAUGGAUACUGGCAACAGUUGCGUCUUCUUUACUCUCCUUUCGAGGCCGGUUUGACUGGUCCCGAUCCAGAGGUCUAUGAGCACGAAAUCCCUGGUGGUCAGCUCACCAACCUUCUCUUCCAGGCCACCCAGCUGGGUCUCGGAACACAAUGGGCAGAAACCAAGAAGGCCUACGAGGCCGCCAAUGACCUUCUUGGAGACAUUGUCAAGGUCACUCCUACCUCCAAGGUUGUCGGUGACUUGGCUCAAUUCAUGGUGUCUAAUAAGCUUUCUGCCCAGGACGUCAUUGACCGGGCUGAUCAGCUCGACUUCCCUGGAUCCGUCUUGGAAUUCCUUGAGGGUCUUAUGGGUCAACCUUAUGGUGGAUUCCCUGAGCCUUUGCGUUCGAAGGCUUUGCGCAACCGCCGCAAGCUUGACAAGCGUCCUGGUCUGUACCUUGAGCCUCUUGAUCUUGCUAAGAUCAAGAACGAAAUCAAGGAGAAGUUCGGUACUGCCACUGAAACCGACGUUGCCAGUUACGCCAUGUAUCCUAAGGUUUUCGAGGACUACCGCAAGUUUGUUUCCAAGUAUGGGGACUUGUCUGUCCUUCCCACACGAUACUUCCUUGCCCGCCCUGAAAUCGGUGAAGAGUUCCACGUUGAGCUUGAGCAGGGUAAGGUGCUCAUCUUGAAGCUGCUCGCCAUCGGUCCUCUGUCCGAGCAGAAGGGUCAGCGCGAGGUCUUUUAUGAGAUGAACGGUGAAGUCCGUCAAGUCACAGUCGACGACAACAAGGCGGCCGUUGACAACACGGCGCGUGUCAAGGCCGAUCCUCUCGACAGCAGCCAAGUCGGAGCUCCCAUGAGCGGUGUCGUUGUCGAAGUCCGUGUUCACGAAGGUUCUGAAGUCAAGAAGGGUGAUCCAAUUGCUGUUCUUAGCGCCAUGAAAAUGGAAAUGGUUAUCUCCGCCCCUCACCAUGGAAAGGUCUCAGGCCUUGCAGUCAAGGAGGGCGAUUCUGUUGAUGGUCAGGAUCUUGUGUGCAAGAUUGCCAAGUAAUGAUUGAGCGGAUAUUGUGUUUAUUAAGUUUCCUCUGUUCAUGAUGACUUAUAGUACCUUGUAAAGGUUCCCUAAAUCACGGUGAUGAGUAAUGGUUAGAAA